UGAAGGCUGCUGCCCAGGGCACCCUGGGAGUUGUAGGCCGCAGUGAGCUGCUACCGUGCGGUGGGGUCAAGUCUUACUUUGCGGCCAGAGCCCCGGAACCUGCUUUCGGAGCUGCUGCUCUUCUCGGUUCGGGAACUAGGGGCCACAGUGGGGGAGCGAUGCGAGACGGUGGGCCCCUUGGGCGAGCUGGGCUGGCGCUACUCCUCAUGGCCGCUGGAGCGGGAGCAAGGUCGCGGCCCGCGGCCCAUGGGGACCAGUCCCGAUCUAACGUGGUGCUGGUGGCCUGCGACUCCUUGGAUGGACGCUUGACAUUUUUUCCAGGAAAUCAGACUGUGAAUUUACCUUCCAUAAAUUUUAUGAAAAGGCAUGGCACUGUCUUUCUCAAUGCCUACACCAAUUCUCCAAUUUGUUGUCCUUCCCGCGCAGCUAUGUGGAGCGGUCUUUUCACUCAUUUAACAGAAUCUUGGAAUAACUUCAAAGGUCUAGAUCCAGAUUAUGUAACAUGGUUGGAUCUUAUGGAGAAGCAUGGCUACCGUGCACAGAAAUUUGGGAAAUUAGACUUUACUUCUGGACAUCAUUCAGUAAGUAACCGUGUGGAAGCUUGGACUAGGGAUGUUAACUUCCUGCUCCGACAAGAAGGAAGACCCAUGGUGAAACUUACAGGUCAUAGGAAGCAGCUUAGAGUGAUGGAAACAGAUUGGCAGAAUACUGAUAAAGCAGUAAAUUGGAUAAAGGAAGAGGCAGUUAACUUUACUCAACCAUUUAUUCUAUACUUGGGACUAAAUUUACCACAUCCGUAUCCAUCACCCUACGCAGGAGAAAAUUUUGGGUCCUCUACAUUUUUAACAUCUCCCUAUUGGCUUGAAAAGGUAAAUUAUGAAGCUAUUAAAAUACCCAAGUGGUCUUCUCUUUCAGAGAUGCAUCCAGUAGACUAUUACUCAUCGUACACCAAGAAUUGCACAGGAGAGUUUUCAAAGGAAGAAGUGAAAAAUAUUAGAGCAUUUUAUUAUGCUAUGUGUGCAGAGACAGACGCCAUGCUGGGUGAGAUUAUUUCAGCUCUGAGAGACACUGGACUUCUUGGAAAAACAAUCAUUAUAUUCACUGCAGAUCAUGGAGAACUUGCUAUGGAACAUCGUCAGUUCUAUAAAAUGAGCAUGUAUGAAGGAAGUUCCCAUGUUCCUCUUUUAGUCAUGGGACCAGGUGUAAGAGAACAGCAGCAAAUACCAAAUGUAGUAUCUCUUGUGGAUAUAUAUCCUACUAUGCUUGAUAUAGCAAGAAUUCCUGUCCUACAGAACCUCAGUGGAUAUUCUCUUAUGCCACUGCUAUAUGAAAAAGUGGAGAGAGAAGCGUCACCCAGAGGAUCUCGGCCUUCAUGGGUGCUUAGUGAGUUCCACGGGUGCAAUGUGAAUUCCUCUGUGUAUAUGCUGAGAACUGGCAAGUGGAAAUACAUCACAUACUCGGAUGGCUCUUCAGUACCACCCCAACUGUUUGACCUUACUGAUGAUCCAGAUGAGCUUACAAAUGUUGCCAUAAAAUACCGAGUAAUUGUACAUUCCUUGGACAAAAUACUUCGCUCCAUAGUUAACUAUCCAAAGGUUUCUUCUUCUGUUCAGGAGUAUAACAAAGAACAGUUUAUCAGCUGGAAACAAAGUUUGGGUCACAAUUACUCAAGUGUUAUUGCAAACCUUAGGUGGCAUCAAGACUGGUUAAAGGACCAAAAAAAGUAUGAGAAUGCAAUUGACAAGUGGCUUGGUAAGUAGAUACAGACAACCUGGAUUUCAUAUGAGUGAAGAUAUAAAGACAUUAUGCAUUUGUAAUAUUAUGCUGUAUUUCAAAUGUUAGAAUUAUUUUCUUAUAUAACCUAUUGAAAGUAAAGAUUCCUGAACCAUAGCUUCUUUGUAUCAGUAAGCCAAGACCAUUUUAUAUAACUAGACAGCACAACAAAACUAGAGUUUUAGAUGUUAUUGUUCUGUAAGUGUAAGUGUAUAUAGAAUGGGUAGUAUGCAAGAUCUAAUUGUGUGUAUUGAAUAUUUAGCUGAUUGCAAAAAUACAAAGUAUUUUAAGCAUUCAAACUCAACAGAAACUUCCAUUUAUAAGGAAAAACAAAGCUUAUAAAAUUUAGUGAAGUAAAGUACCAGUUACAGUGAAAUUUGCUGUGUGUAUUAUAAGUCUAAAUUGAAUACACAUUCAUCCAUUUUAGAGAAUUCUCAACAGUUCAAAUAUAAUCAAAAAGUUGGUAACCAGUACAGGUCUGAACACGGAUGUUAUGCAAAUACUUAACUAUAUCAGCAUACUGUAUUACUUGUGAUUGACUCCCCAUGUUUACGAGGUCAACCUUGAAAGGUCUUGCUUCUGGAUCUGGUACUUACCACUCCCUGUGUUUAAAAUUUCAUAAUACGCAUAGGGUCCUAAUUGAACAUAUGUACAAGUGAAGAGGAAUAUGAUCUCUGGUGAUCAUCAUAAAUUUAAAAAAACACCAACAAAAAAACGCCCUCUUGCCAAACUUGUUGAGUAGAGCAGUUCUCUGAAAAAUGAUAGUGUGAUAUAUAUAGUAAAAUAAAAACUGCUUGAAUGCAGUAACAUUCUGCAAGUAAAUACUUUAAUGUGCAUCAGUGAGUGGAGAACUGAAACCUGAUAUGUACACAGAGGAGACACAAGCUUCCAGGCGGAGUUAAUGGAAAAAUACUAUUUCCCAUUUUUCCAGUGACCUGACAAAAAAGAGUUUUGGAAGAAGAUAAGAUUUAGGUAACAACUCUCCCACUUAAGGGAAUAUGUAAUUACAGCAGUGCUUAGGUUUGCUAAUUCUUGGUCACCAUCAUUGCUGCUAUAGUGUGAGUUCAGAAUGACAUUAUACUUCAUACAUAAAAUGUUUUCUGCAAACUGUUAUUAAAUGCUCAGUAGUAGCAAUAAGCCAGUAAAAAUAAACAUUAAAAUGAGACGUAUUUUCUGAUGGCUACACACUCAUUUCAUGAGCAACUUACCAUGCAGAGUUAGAAAACCUUGAAACCCUGUAGUCGUUAUUAAAAUGAGUUCAGGUACGAUUGAAAUUACUUGCACAAAACAAAUGGCCUACAUAAUUAGAGGAAGUAUUUAUAUCCAUAUGAAAGUUUGUUCAAGAGAAAAAAGAAUAAAGAAACAUCCUCACUUUCCCUAGGUCUGAACAGAAUGCAGUACAUUGUCCAAAAUGGAGUAAAAUAAAAUUAUGAUGAACUCUAUGUGUUUUUUGUGUGUACUUUUUAAUGAC